AUUGCCGGAAAAAUCGAAAAUCUGCAUUUUAAAUGCAACAAAAGUCGGUAAAUAAUGCUGCGAUGGAGUCCAAGGCCUACAAUGCACUGAAACAAAUCGAGAAAACGAGUGCCCUCUACGCGGAUCACAUUUAUUGCAACCAGCCACAAUUGCUCGAAAAUGAAAACAGCAAGAAACAGGAAUCGGUAAACAGCUUGAAAUCGAUGCUAAUCCUGCAUUUGGAGGUCGUAAAAGAGCAAGCGGACCAACUUUUGUGCAAAGACAAGCUGAUUGCAAAGCUAAAACAGGAAAAUGAGGAAUUAAAGGCGCGCUUGGAGAAAUAUGAACAACAACAACGACACCAUCAUCAUCAUCAUCGCAGUAGCCAGCAGCAUCAACAACAGCAGCAAACGAAGCGUAUAUCAACAACAACAAAAAAUCCGCAAACACGAACAACCGCGGUGACGAACGAUGAAAGUGAGACAAAUAAGCGAAGCAGUGAUACGAUUUUGAGUGCAGCGACAACAACCAUCACAUCUCCGACUCCGAAACGGCGGAAAAUCGAGAGAAAACCAAUCGAAAAGUCGAUUUCUUCUAGUCUGGCAACAUCAACAGAAGCAACGCCGCCCGUAAAUCCAGUUUCGGAAGCAGAAAAAUUGCCGCAAGAAACGCCGGUUGCUGAAACAACAACAACAACUACCGAAAAUGCACCAAAAAAAGGACCAAGAACGUCGUUCAUCACGACAGCAGCCGACUACAUUCUCUGUGAUUGGCAAAAAAGCGAGGCAGAACUCGAUGCGGAUGCCGAACCGCAUGUUCGGGCAACGCUGGAGAUCCCGUCGUGGCAAGUGCUCGAACGUUCGUUCCAAAAUACCUUCCCGCCCGAGCAAACGGAAGACAUGUCCGAUGACGCCUUCUUGAAGCGACACACAAAAUUCGAAAUUGACGAGAGACGCCGCAAAAAGUGGGACGUUCAACGACUGCGAGAACAAAAACAAGUCGAACGCUUAAAGAAACGCUACCAAAAAGACGAGUACGACGAGCGCGAUCAAAAAGCCGAACACAAAAGCAUCACGUCCUUUUAUCCGUCGCCCGAAAACAUCAUGUUCAUCCAAAUUGUCGACGAGCUACCUGUGCUGGCAUUCGGCGAUCCGAUUCCCGCGCUACCCGAAAGCGAUUUUACGCUAACGUGGCUCACCAACACCGAUCCACGCAUCAAUCCGUCAUUCACCAAAACACGCUUUUUCAGCAAGAAGAAAUGAAUGAAUGCGGAAAAAAUGAAAUUUUUCGUCGGGUUUUCUUGGAACGAGAACCCUUUUUCAUCUAAAUUUAUGCCUACUUUGAGAAAAUGCAACACAAAAAAAAAAUAUUUAAAAAAAUAGACAUUGUUAGAAUUUAUAUAUUUGUUAGAGUUAUAAAUUGAAGGAAAAAAAGAACAAAGACACACACAGGCAAGGUUGCUUCUGCCGCAUCUGGAAAGAACGAGAAGCGAACCGCGUGGAAAAAACAUAAAGAAAAGAGAUUCUCACGAAAUUGUUAUGAACAAUUUAUUUAUCAGACGACAACAUAUUUACAUAAAAAAAACACACACAUCUUAUCUAAGGAACCCAUAAAUUGAGAACCCUGUUUUAAGUGUUAUAGCUCUUUAUAUCUAUUAACUAGAUAUUAUUGUUUUCAAAAUUCAAAAUUUUUAAAAAUAAGUCAAGAAAAAACAAACAAAACGUUGUUCGGAGAUACAGAUUCUGAUUUUAUUUAUGAUAAUAAUAAUUUUAUAUAGAUAUGUAUAGUACCUAAAAGAUAAAAAUAUGCCUAUAUAAAAACAGAA